GAUUCUCCGAGCUCCUUUACAGCUCAAAUUCACAAAUUCCAGUUCAAUUUUCAAUUCAAUUUCAAUUCCGAAAACCCCCAAAAAUUCGAUUAAUCAGAAAUGCAUCAAGAACAAGAAGAAUCCGCCGCAGAUUUCAACAACGAAGAUACCAUGAUCGCCGAAAUGAGCGGCGAAGAUGAUCCCGCAAACCAGAGUUCAUUCAAGCCACUACUGCCUCCACCUCCUCCCAGGAAACGGGGGGAGACGUGGUGUGAAGAGGAAACCCGCGCCCUCAUAUCUCUCCGCAAAGAAACCAAUUUCAUGUUCAGCGCCUCCAAGUUCAACCAGCAUCUCUGGGACUACAUUCACGCCACGAUGAGGGAGAGGGGUUUCGAUCGAUCGGCGGCUAUGUGUGUGGAAAAGUGGAGGAAUCUGCUGAAGCAGUACAGAAGGGUGAAGCAGAACAAAAAUCAUGAUGCGGAUGGGAGCGAUAAGAUGAACUUCUACAACGAAAUCGAUGAGGUUAUGAUGGAGGGGGGCGGAAAUGGGAAGGAUUCUGAAUUGGGCUCGUUUGUGCAAUCUGUUGGUGAGAAAGAUAUGGAUGAUGCUAGUCUAACUUUUGGACAUAUGGAAGGUACUGGCGGAUCAGCGACACAUAUGGAUCUCGAGGCACAUCCUCUUUCCAUCACCACGGAAGCUGAUGCAGUUAAUGUUUCUCCAUGGAAUUGGAAAGAUACUCUUCCAGGAAAAGGUGAGCAAAGAAACACUUACUGUGGGAGGGUGAUAACAGUAAAGAUGGGAGAGUAUACAAAGAGGAUAGGUAUUGAUGGCAGUGGAGAUGCUAUAAAGGAAACCAUCAAAUCUGUAUUCGGGCUGAGGACAAAACGCCCUUUCUGGUUGGAAGACGAAGAUAAUAUUGUUCGAGCACUGGACAGAGAAAUGCCGAUAGGGAACUACAUUCUUCACGUCGAUGAAGGCCUGAUGAUUAGAGUUUGUUCGCCAGAGCACUUGCCAGUGCACACAGAGGAGAAAACCUUCUUUACAGAUGAUGAUUUUUGCCAGUUCCUCUCGAGACGUUGCUGGACUUGUUUGAGAGAGAACAAUGGCUACCGGCAUAUUGACAGCAUGGACGAGCUAUGUCCCGGGGCUGUGUAUCGUGGUGUGUCAUCCAUCAACUGAGAGCAUUCUAUUCUGAGAGAGAAACGAUGGCUACCGGCAUAUUGACAACAGCAUGGAUUCUUGUGUCAAAAUGCUAAAAUUCAAUGCUUGGUUAUAUUCUUGUGACAAAUUGUAAAACAGUUAGACACCACUGUAUAUCAUUCUAAAUUUCUGGAUAAUAUAGAUAGUUUUGAACUUU